GGCAAACGAUGCUUUUGCCUGUACAGUUACGCGUAGCAUGUCCUGUGUACUCACUGACAGAUAUGAACAAGUGCCAAUACUAACCGGUGUAUGUGAAUUGCCUUGUAGAGGCAAAGUAGAUCUGAAACGUCGCGGUACCGACCCAAAACACCAAGAAAAUGAUGCGCUUCAUGCUGCUGUUCAGUCGGCAGGGCAAGCUGCGGCUGCAGAAGUGGUACACGGCCACGGCCGAACGCGACAAGAAGAAGAUGGUUAGGGAGCUGAUGCAGAUCGUCCUGGCCCGCAAGCCCAAAAUGUGCAGUUUUCUGGAGUGGAGGGACCUCAAGAUUGUCUACAAAAGGUACGCUAGCUUGUACUUUUGCUGCGCCGUGGAGGAGCACGACAACGAGCUGAUCACGCUGGAAGUCAUCCACCGCUUCGUGGAACUCUUGGAUAAAUAUUUCGGCAGCGUGUGCGAGCUGGACAUCAUCUUCAACUUUGAAAAGGCUUACUUCAUCCUGGAUGAGUUCCUGAUGGGAGGAGAGAUCCAGGAUACGUCUAAGAAGAGCGUCUUGAAAGCCAUCGAGCAAGCCGACAUACUGCAGGAGGAAGACGAGUCGCCCAGGAGCGUGCUGGAGGAGAUGGGCCUGGCGUAGUGGAAGACCUUCCGUGUGACUUGUAUUUCUACCAGCGGCAUACAGCCGGUCAGGUCAAACGUGAGAAUUGACAACACUUCCUUUAAUGCGUUUGUAUUCAUAACUUAUUGGCUGCCCUUGAAGACAAUAGACGUCCAAUCCGUUAGAAGUGGGAGGUCGGCAGCGUAUCGCCAGAUCUCCCAGUUGAAAUGGAUCGGACGUCGCUAAACUGGGACCACAACCGGAUAGCUGAGCAAUCAGGUGACUUUGAGGGAGGGCCACGUGAUGACUUUUAAAUUUGAUGUUGUAAUUGUUGUUAUAAAUCUUUGGAACGUUUUAGUGGAGCACAAUGCUGGAGCUUUGUAUGCAUUUUGCCAGCUCAGCUUUUUACCUUUUUGCUUUGUAUCUUGCUGCACUCAAUAAAUGGCCUUUUUUCGGGUAUUUUUUUUCUCUCAAGCCUUCUGACUUAUUUGCCAUGUAAUAUUGUUCUGUCAAGUUUACGGAACGGGUGGAUUUGCCAACGAGUUUUGAAUCUCAAACCGUGCAGUUGAAGUUUAACAUUAUGAAUCAAACUGUACAGUUCCUCAAAAAAAAUGUUUAAGAUCUUAAUCUGAAGUUUGUAUGUUUUCAAUUUUUUCAUGAUUUUUGAUGUACAUAUGUAUACAUACUUACACAUAUAUUUACAUUAGGGCUGUCAAAAUUAUCGCGUUAACUGGCGGUAAUUAAUUUUUUAAAUUAAUCACAGAUUAAAAUGACAGCAGUGUAAUGUCUGCCUGUUACUUGUGUUUUUUGGUGUUUGACACCCUCUGCUGGCGCUUGGGCCAAAUGAUUUUAUGGGUUAGGGGAGUGAGCAUGGUGUAAUUAUUGACAUCAACAAUGGCGUGCAACUAGUUUAUUUUUUGAUUGAAAAUUUUACAAAUUUUAAUAAAACGAAAACAUUAAGAGGGGUUUUAAUAUAAAAUUUCUAAAAAGAUAAAUGUUAGUACAAGUUAAAGAACUACAAGUCUUUCUAUCCAUGGAUCGCUUUAAGAGAAUAAUGUUAAUGCCAUCUUGUUGAUUUAUUAAUAAACAAAUACAGAACCUAUGUACCGUAUGUGAAUUGUCUUUCCAUUCCAACAAUAAUUUACAGAAAAAUAUGGCAUGUUUUAUAGAUGGUUUGAAUUGCAAUUAAUUACAACUUUUAAGCUGUAAUUAAUUCGAUUAAAAUUUUUAAUCGUUUGACAGCCCUAAUUUACAUAUAUACAAAGUAUACAUACAGUGGUAUGAAAAAGUAUCUGAACCUUUUAGAAUUUCUCACAUUUCUGUAUAAAAUCACCUUUAAAUGUGAUAUCUUUGUCAAAAUCACACAGAUGAAAAUAGUGCUUCAACUAAAACCACCCAAACAUUUAUAGGUUUUCAUUCACACACACACAUAAUAUAUAUAUUAAAUAUAUAGACAGUUGUUUGCAUUAUUUUGUCCAAACCCUAACAUUUUGGCAUCAUAAUCAUUGAACAUAAUUCUUAGAGAAUAGGAUGAGGAACAUUCUAAUAAAGUUGAGCAUCUCAUAUGGCUGGCAAAAUCAACAUUAACUCAACAUUAUUGAGUAUUUAUGGUGGGUUUUAGAGAUUCAAUUAAGAUGUCGAUUUCCACCACCGUCGCCUCUAAAAUAGUUUUCUAUUUCUUACAUGUUUUUAUGCAUUAUAAAAGAAUUAUGUCUGGAUUUUGGGGGGCUUGGAACAGAUCAGGGCAUUUACAUGGAAAAUGUAAAACUGAAUUUUCAAGUCAAGAAAUUACUUCCAGAACCAAUUCUGUAAGUAGAGGUACCACUGUAUUGUGUAUAUAUUUAUAUUACACACACUAUAUUGGGUAGCAACUUGUAGGUCUUUUUUUUUUUUUUUUUUUUUAAACAUUGACACCUUUUUAAAACCAGAUCUUGAAUCUUGGCACGAGUGUAUCGAUGACCUUUUAGGAUUCAAAAUAUCACGAUGGUUCAAUAAUUUGUCCCACCUCGACUACAUACUAAGAGAAACUAGCAGUUGGACGUUCAAUCAUGACUGGCUGCAAUGGUUCAAAACUGCCACAAGAGAGCAGCACUUUAACAUAUGUCUGAUAAAGAAUAGAUUACGGUAAGCAUGGCUUCAUUCUUGCACUGCUUGCCAAAGUAUUGGCACCCCUGCAAUUCUAACAGAUAAUGCUCAGUUUCUCCCAGAAAUGAUUGUAAGCCAAAUAAAUGAAGAUAUUACUACCAAUCAAAAAACACAGAAUGGGGGAAUAAUUUUACACAAAAAUCAAAAAGAUGGGCCGGACAGAAGUAUUGGCACCCUUUAAAAAUCAUGUGAUGCUUCUUUGUGUAAUUAACACCAACUGUUACUUACCUGUUGAACACAACAGGUGGUGGCAAUAACCGAAUCACAUGUGCAGCCAAUUA